AGCUAUCGUUAAGAAACAUGGUUGUGUAAACGCUGUUAGCAAAGCGUCACUGACAGCAUUCGUAGCAGUGGACUUGUGCUAUUUUUGUUUUCCUUAAUAAACAAACAUGUUACUAGCUUCGCUCAGGACGACGAUAUUAAACAGUUGUAGACGAGCCGGAGGGGGAAAUCAACACAAUAACGGCGCACAGUUACGUCAUUGGCUGGCAAGAAGGGGCCACAGCACCAUCACAGCCGAGGCAGGAGCUUCAUCCUCCCCAGCAGCAGCAGUCAGUGUCCCCAAUGCAGCCACAAACAGGAUAGUAGGUCGCUGGUUACUCGGCUGUAGUGGCCUUGUGGUGGGUGCUGUUGUCCUUGGUGGUAUUACGAGACUAACAGAAUCCGGUCUGUCCAUGGUGGACUGGCACCUUGUGAGAGAGAUGAAACCCCCUCAGUCAGAGGCAGAGUGGGAGGCUGAGUUUUCAAAGUACCAACAGUUUCCAGAAUUCAAGAUAAUGAAUCACGACAUGACUCUGCCAGAGUUCAAGUUCAUCUUCUACAUGGAGUGGGGUCAUCGUAUGUGGGGCAGGCUGGUGGGACUGGCCUACAUUCUCCCCACUGUGUACUUCUGGAGGAAAGGCUACUUCACUCGCUCCAUGAAGGGGAAAGUGUUGGGCCUUUGUGGAUUUGUCUUCUUCCAGGGUUUGCUGGGUUGGUACAUGGUCAAAAGUGGUCUGGAGGAGAAGCCAGAGUCCCACGACAUCCCGAGGGUCAGCCAGUAUCGACUAAGUGCUCACCUUGGUUCUGCUUUACUCCUUUACUGUGCCAGCCUGUGGACCGGCCUCACGCUGAUGCUGCCUGCACACAAGUUGUCAGAAACCAAACGUCUCAUGCAGCUUCGGAGGUUUGCCAAAGGCACGGGUGGGCUUGUCUUCCUCACAGCUCUUUCAGGUGCUUUUGUCGCUGGAUUAGAUGCUGGCCUGGUGUACAACUCGUUCCCUAAGAUGGGAGAACGCUGGGUCCCGGAUGACCUGAUGGCCUUUUCUCCCACCCUGAAGAACUUCUUUGAAAACCCCACAACUGUUCAGUUUGACCACAGGAUCUUGGCAAUCACCUCUUUGACAGCCAUCACUGGGCUCUAUCUCUUCUCCAGAAGGAUGGUGCUUCCUAGGAGAGCUAAGAUAGCCAUCAGUCUCCUGGCAGCAAUGGCGUACGGACAGGUUGCACUGGGAAUCAGCACCUUGUUACUGUAUGUGCCCACUCCGCUGGCAGCAACCCACCAGUCUGGAUCUGUGGCACUUCUCUCACUGGCCAUUUGGGUUCUGGCCGAGCUCAGAAAAAUGCCCAAAUAAUGUUGGACACAUUUAAUCCAGGAGUAGCCCAAUCAUGAAGCCAGGGGAUGUCACCUCCCCCCAGUGAGAAAGCACCUCUAUGCACACAGGUUUGUUUUGAGCUAACGAAAGAACAGCAUUUCGUGUCACUGCAGUACCUUUUUCAAGUGCUUAAGACUUGAAGAUUUUUUAUGUCUGAAAUGCAAAAUUGUGUCUACUAUACUCUGCUUUCAAGCUGAGCUGGGUUUUAUUGUAUAAAAUGUAUAUAUAAAUUGUGAACAUAGUCAUGAUAAAUUAUGGAUAAAAAUGUUGAUGUAUGACUAAUAAAAUCAUGUACAGUCAGUUUGCAUAGUAACUGUGAUUUUAUUAUAUCUGUACAAAAUAUACAUAUUUUCAUUAUGUAAUGCAACUAGUUGAGAGGCUCGCUAACAGAAGUCGGUAGAACAGGUUAGUUGUCAGUAUUCUAGACAGAUUACAUGCGGGGAAUAACCGGAUCUCACUUGUUGGAGCUGAAGACUGGCGAGGAGCAAUCAGAUUUAA